GGGGAGAGCUGUGUGUGAGACCAUGUGUGUAUGGAAGGACUUGGGCCUGACGAUGGUGGGGCAGUUGGGGGUUGACAUGGAGGUUGGGGGAGCAUCUGUGGGAUGUGUGCCCAGUAUGUGUGUGUGAGGGGUGGAUGUGUCAGGUGUGUUCUUCACUCAGUACCUGCGCAGGUUGCUCUCAGAGCAUCUGCUGCCCGGCUGUUCAGGGACUGCAUUAUCCCUCUGGGACUUCUUCAGAGCCCCAGGCUCCCCUGGGUCUGGCUUUUGUGUCCCAGUGAGCCCUCCUCCGUCAUUCCUUGAGGUCCUGAGGGGGAGAGGGCCUAGAUCAUUAGACUCCUCCCUGAGGGAGGGGAAGAUUCCUGAGACCUCCCCCACGUCCCCACCUCCUCACAUGCCACUGGCUUCCCUGCCCCUCCCUGGGAGAGAAGGGUGAUAGUACCCAUUUAAAGUAGGACAAACUGAGAAUUUAUGGCUAGUUUAGCAGAUGCUGGGUGUGGGUUUUCUGCAGUUCUCUUUGCUCCAAGGUUUGGGCUGGGACUGGAGCCUCAGCAGGUUUGUGAUUCAAAACCUAAAACCUUAGACCAUCUGACUGAUCUAGAGAGGGUGGGUAGACGGUGAGUCCCAGCUUUACUUGGCUUUCUCAAUCCUCGUGGGUCCUGCUCCUCCAGGCACUGACCUGUGGCCUGGACCCACCCUCCACCCCAUGUGCAGUGCAGCGGGGGUGGGUGGAGGGCGGGGCUGCCGCCAGAUCUAGUCAGACAGGUGGAGCUGCCAGGGCAGGAGUCUCAAAGAGCCAGGCUCCCAGAGAGGAAGGGCAAGAGGAGAGCACCGGAGAGGAGCCGAGAGGCUGGAGAGUCGUUAACUAGGAUGGAAGCUCUUGUGAACGUGUACCAGAGCAUGAUGAAGCAUGGGGAUCCCCGGAUACAGGGCUACCCUUUGAUGGGGUCCCCCUUGCUAAUGACCUCCAUUCUCCUGACUUAUGUGUACUUCGUUCUCUCACUUGGGCCUCGAAUCAUGGCCAAUCGGAAGCCCUUCCAACUGCGUGGUUUCAUGGUUGUCUACAACUUCUCACUGGUGGCACUCUCCCUCUACAUUGUCUAUGAGUUCCUGAUGUCUGGCUGGCUGAGUAGCUACACCUGGCGCUGUGACCCUGUGGACUUUUCCAACAACCCGGAGGCACUGAGGAUGGUUCGAGUGGCCUGGCUCUUCCUCUUCUCCAAGUUCAUUGAACUCAUGGACACGGUGAUCUUUAUUCUCCGGAAAAAAGAUGGACAGGUGACCUUCUUACAUGUCUUCCAUCACUCAGUGCUUCCCUGGAGCUGGUGGUGGGGAGUGAGAAUUGCCCCAGGAGGAAUGGGCUCUUUCCAUGCCAUGAUAAACUCCUCUGUGCAUGUCAUCAUGUACCUGUACUAUGGACUAUCUGCCCUUGGCCCUGUGGCUCAGCCCUACCUUUGGUGGAAAAAGCACAUGACAGCCAUCCAGCUGAUCCAGUUUGUCCUGGUCUCGCUGCACAUCUCCCAGUACUACUUCAUGCCCAGCUGUAACUACCAGUACCCAGUCAUCAUCCACCUCAUCUGGAUGUACGGCACCAUCUUCUUCGUGCUCUUCUCCAAUUUCUGGUAUCAUUCUUACACCAAAGGCAAACGGCUGCCCCGUGUAGUUCAGCAAAAUGGAGCUCCAGGUACUGCCAAAGUCAAGGCCAACUGAGAACCAUGCUCUUGCUAGGCGCCCACCUAAGUGCCUCAGGACUGCACCUUGGGCAGCAUCCAUCAUUGUCCUCCCCAACUACACCUGUGACCAGGGAUUAUGUGGUCAGGACUGAGCAGGGGACAAGCCUUCCCCUCCCCACAGCUGGUACACAGGGACCACAGCUUCCGUUCCUCACCCACUUGUCCCAGCCAGCCCCAGGGACGUGGCCUCGUUGCCCUCUGCCACUCGAGCUGGGGGCUGAAAGGGCUGGACGCUUACUUCCCCCUCCCUGCCUUAAACUUGGGAGAGAAGCACUCAGGACUGGCCCCCACCAGGGUCUUGUGGCCUUUUUCCUCACACUGAAGAGGUCAGCAAUAAUCUGUCACUACGGACCCAGGCUCCCUCCUUCCCACCCAUACGUCCGAGUGGGUGGGAGGCCUGGGAAUACAGCCUAUGGAGGCUGCUCACUCAUGUCUUCAUUAAAAGUGACAGAGGAAACUA